CAUUGAUGUUCAGAAAUUUUGAGAGUGUACAACUCAAGAAAAAUUUCAAGCAGUCAAGUAUUUCAUUAGGAGAUCUGGAUCCGGAGGUCUCGUAAGGCUUCGUGUUGAAUGUUUGAUAAAACUGGAGCUUGUUAAAGGAAAUUGAGCCUGUCAUCUCGAGAUAGACAACUGUACGAAAGUGAUAAAACCCAUUGUUCCUUGUGUAAACAUUAUUCAUCCGACACAAAGCAAAAACACUCCAUCAGCACUCGUUUAUACCAUUGAAGGACUUAGCAUACGUCGACCAAGUACCUUGAGAAUUCUACUGGAAAUGACAAGAAUGAGUCGUUCUCAAGCUCAAGAGAAGAAGCCAGUCACUGUUAAGGUUGUUCUGCUUGGUAAACUUGGAGUUGGAAAAUCUGCAAUGACUGUAAGGUUUCUUACCAAGAGAUACAUCGGAGAAUACGACCCAAAUAUUGGAUCAGUUUAUCAACAUAGCAUCGAAAAUGAUAAACAAACCAUCAAUAUUGAGAUACUUGACAGUGGAGGCGAGGAUUGCUUGGGUAAGAAAGAAAGUUGUAGUUUAUGGGGAGACGCUUUCCUACUCGUCUAUGCCAUCAACGACCGCGACAGCUUUAACAAAAUCACUCCAAUCCAACAACAUCUUCACAACAUCCGCGCUCACGAUCCUCCAACAGUAACUCUCGUAGGAAACAAGAGCGACUUAGAAGAUAAACGAAGAGUACAAACCAGCGAAGCGCAAAAGCUUGCUGACUCUUUCGACUGCUCAUUCACCGAGAUUUCAACCUUGGAAAGCUUUAAAGACGUGGAGCGCGUUUUUAUAGACGUCGCAACAAAAGUUGCCAAAGAAAAAAAUGCGAGACAAGCCAUGUCUGGUGUAAAGAAGGGUUCUUUUUCCAAGAUUAAAGAUAUGAUGGACAGACAUGUGGCCAGGAAAAGAGCCAACUCUAGUCUGAAGGAGACUAUUGAUGAAUACUACGUCAGAAGAAGUCAUCAGGAUAUUGAACCAGUGAUCAGAAGAGAACGCAGUGAUACUUGUACCUUCUGAUUGAUAAUAUCACCCAAUGGGGUCGACACGACAUCAUUUUUGAAAUCCACGGUAUAUUUUACCAGAAAUUAUUUACCAGGAAUAUUUUAUCACUUCCAGCAAGAGGGCCAACACAGGUUACUUCCAACGCAUUCGAGACACAGAGUGCACAAGCUGCGUUUCUUCAAGUUGUAUUCUUUUUUAACUUGCGUUGAAAAAGAACUAACCGAUAUUGAUCCCUCUUUUAUUCGGAAAUCUUAUGUAUAUAAUAUACACAUAAAUGUAGACCCUUUAGAGAUGUACAGGAGAUUUAUAAGCACUUUAAAAGUAAUAGUCUACAUUGUGCAUAACACAACCUAUGAUAUUUCCAUUUGCAGUAAAGUACUAAAAAUCUUUUAA